AGUGCGGAAACCGGAGCCCCCUGGCCGGGGAAGUGUUGUACCAACGGGUAAACAAUGCUCAUGCCCAGGCCGGGGCCGGGCCAGGGUGAAGCCACCACUUAGGGCAGCGCAGCCGGAGCUUGGGGAGGAAAGUGCCGGCUCCCAAGCAGCCUGAGGCCCAGGCUCGUCCUUCUUCACAGCUAAGUAGUACUCCAUCAACAAUACCUUUCCAGAAGUCAGCGUGAGGAGCAACCAAGACAUGGAGCCCACAGAAGGGAAGCCGGCCGAGGAGAGGAGCACAGUCUCCCCAGCCCCAGAGGGGCCUGAGACGUCGGGGGCUGCAGCCGUGGUGACCAAAGGCCCGGCGGGGGAAAUGGACACUGUCCCCACAGGGCCACAGGGGGAAGCCAGGGAGCUAGAGGAGGACGCGCAGGGGGAGCCCCAGAAGGAGGCCGGCGGGAAGGAGGAGGCCGCAGAGGCUUCUCUGGAGGCGGCGGACAAGAAGGAGACCGGAGCUGAACCCAGGGAGGCCGGCGAAAGGGAGGAGGCCACGCCAGCCGCACAGAAGCAGGCUGAUGAGAAAGAGGCCCAGGCAGAACCUGAGGAGAAAGACGGAGGGAACGCCAGGGACAAACCCGCAUCCACGGAGGCUGGCGGGGACAACGCUGUACAUCAGGGGGCCACGGCGGGACCUCAGAAGGCAGCUGUGGAUAGAGAGCCUCAGGAGGCCGAUGGGAAGGAGGGGGCCGAAAGGGGUGCAGAGGAACUGGAGCCUGGAGGCCUGGGGGAAGAGGAAGACCAGAACGAGGACAGAGAGCCAGAGCAGGGGGCCACGGGUGCCCCCAGCUCCCCCAGCUCCCCCGAGGAGUGGCCCGAGAGCCCCAGCGAGGGGGGCCCUGGCUUCAGCCCAGACAGAGAGGCCCCCGCGUCCACAGCCUCGGGAGAGACCAGCCCUCCGGCCAGCAGUGAGUUUCCACCCAGCGAUGCGCCCCAGAGAGCCGAGGAGCACAAGCCGGAGCACAGGGCAUCGGCCGCGGCCCGGCCCCGGGCCCCCCGCCCCCAGAACCGAAAGGCCAUCGUGGACAAGUUCGGCGGGGCAGCCUCGGGCCCCACAGCGUUGUUCCGCAACAAGUCGGCGGGCGCGGCCGUCGGCGGGGUCAAGACCAUGCUGCUGGAGUGGUGCCGUGCCAUGACGCGCAAGUACGAGCACGUGGACAUCCAGAACUUCUCGUCCAGCUGGAGCAGCGGCAUGGCCUUCUGCGCCCUCAUCCACAAGUUCUUUCCCGACGCCUUCGACUACGUGGCGCUGGACCCCGCCGCGCGCCGGCACAACUUCACCCUGGCCUUUUCCACCGCAGAGAAAUUGGCUGACUGUGCCCAGCUGCUGGACGUGGAGGACAUGGUGCGGCUGGCAGUGCCCGACUCCAAGUGCGUCUACACCUACAUCCAGGAGCUGUACCGCAGCCUGGUGCAGAAGGGGCUGGUGAAGACCAAGAAGAAGUGACAGCUGAGUCAGGAGGGUGCUGGGCCUCACUUCUGCUCCUCGGGGACAGCAGAGCUGGGGGGCGGGCAGGGAUGGCGGUCCCAGUCUUGACUGCAUUAAAAGGACUUUCAUAAAACCCUGUCUCAGUCCGUGCUGCUCUCCUUCCCCUGCCAUGCCCUUGUUCCACAAAUGUGGCUAAAAAUAAACCUGCAUGGAUGGGACCUGCAGUCUGCCCCAGGGCUGCUGGGCUGGUGGUUUGGUCCCUGGUGCAGCCGUGUUGAGCACUGGGGCCUGGGAAGGUGACCGUGUGGUGAGGAUGCUGACUCCAGCUCAGCAUGGAUGGACCGGGGACUAGGAAGGGUCCUCGCCGAGGGGCGCAUCACAGGGUGACCUCGGGCACUCUCUUGCCCUUGCUCCUUCCUCUCUGGCUCUGUCGCCCCCUUCUGCUUCCCAGCCGCCAUGAGGCAAGCAGCUCUGCUCCACCAGACCCUUCCGCCAUGAUGUUUCUGCUGAGAUAAUGGAGGUGGCCAAGCCUGGGCUUGUCCUCGGAAGCAGGAACCUGGGUAGACCUUUCCCCAUGCAUGUUGUCCUCGCCACAGGGUGGCGAGCUGAGGUCACCCAAGCUCACUCUUACAGCCAUCUGUGGUGCUUUCCCCACUUCCCUCCAGCUCUUCCCAUGCUCCCCCGCUGGGGGGCUCCGGGGAAGGGAUGGAGUGGAAGAUUCUCCAGGAAUCCCACUGUUACGGCUUGGAUCUGGAUGUCCUCCCAAAGGCUCACACACCCAUAGGUGGGGCUCUUCAGAGCUGGCAGGUUCUAGAGUGUGUGAUAUCAGGACUAAGGGUGUGUGGCACUAAAUUAGUCCACCGAUUGGAAUUAGCAUAGCUGAGUGUGGCUGGAUGGAUUUACCAAAGACAGAAGCCCUAGUGUGGGUGGCACUGCCCAACAUGUCUGUAGCCUGGAUGCAAUAAAAGGGAAAGGGAGAGGGGCUGGGGAUUUAGCUUGGUGGCACCACACCUGCCUCCCAAC